AUGAACAACGAACAGUUCGAGCGCUUCAUGCAAUUGCAGAACGGUGCAUUGCGCGAAAUUGUGAAAUCGUUCCAGAAUGUUCAAGUGCAGCAGCAACAGCAGCAGCCAGCUGGGCAGCAGCAAAAUUUGCAAAUGGCUGCCAAUUCGACAGCUUCGUCUGUCCCGCUUCCUCCACCGCUCGAGCUUAGUGGAGACAUGGAGGAAAAUUUUGAAUUUUUUUCUACGAACUGGAAAAAUUACGCGAGUGCUAUGGGAAUGGAUGAGUGGCCCGUGGACCAUGACAAGCAGAAAACCAGUAUUUUGUUGUCGGUAAUCGGUAGUGCGGCGCUCAAAAAGUAUUUUAAUUUUGGGUUAACGGAUGCACAGCGGCUUUCCCCAGAUGUGGCUCUGCAAGCUAUAAAAGCGAAAGUAGUGCGCGAAAGAAACAAAAUCGUGGAUUGGUUCGAGUUUUUUUCGCUCAUGCAGCAGCCUGUGGAAUUGAUCGAUGACUAUGUGGCGCGUUUGAAAAGUUUGGCCAAGUUGUGUAAAUUCGGUGCACUUGAAGAAGAUUUGAUCGUGUACAAAAUCGUUACCUCAAACAAAUGGCAGAAAUUGCGCGCGAAGAUGCUGACGAUGCCAAACUUGACGGAAGUGAAGGUCAUUGAUCUAUGUCGAGCAGAAGAAAUCGCAGAAAAACAUGCUAGUGCAAUGGGGGCGUGCAGUGUUGAAGUGAACAUGGUGAAGAAGAAGCAUUUCAAAUGCAAAUACUGCGGUGAUCGGCAUGAAUUUGCGAAGGGGGUUUGCCCGGCACUGGGAAAGAAGUGCAAUGUGUGUGGGGGCAAGAAUCAUUUCGCGAAAGUAUGCAAGUUGGACCGAAAGCAAAAGGGCAAAAGCCGCAGAAAAGUGAAGAAAGUACAAGAAGAAAGUUGUGACUCUGAGGAUACGGAAAGUGUGAACAGUGAUAAUGGGGAAUCGGAGAGCAGCAGUGAUGAAGCAGUAAUUGGAAAAGUGUAUGAUUUUUCGGAAUCUGGCGGAAAUGUGCUGGCGGAUGUGGAGCUGUUCAUUGGCGGCAAAUGGAAAAUCGUGCAGUGCGAGUUGGACACCGGAGCCAAUACCAGUCUGGUUGGCAUUGACUGGAUUAAAGGAAUGGCCGGCUGUGAUCAACUGCAACUGUUGCCUUCAAAAUUCCGGCUGCAGAGCUUCGGUGGUGGAAGCAUACCGGUGCUAGGUGAAGUAAGGUUGCCAUGUAAGAGGAGAAACCGUAAGUACACACUCGCAUUGCAAGUCGUUGAUGUUCCCCAUAAGCCGCUCUUAUCCGCAAAAGUUUGCAAAACGCUGGGCUUCAUUAAAUUCUGUAACUCGGUUUCGAUCACCUCACCACUUUCGGAGGAGCAUCUUUUGAACGUGUAUCGCAUCAAAGCCCAGCAAAUCGUUGACCAGCACAGCAAUAUCUUCGAGGGGUACGGUAAAUUCCCUGGUGUUGUAUCGUUGGAGGUGGAUCCGGAUGUCACACCGUCAAUUCAGCAACCACGGCGGGUACCAAUAGCAAUGCGCGACAAGCUGAAAAAGGAACUAAGAAAGCUGGAACAAGAUGGCCUUAUCAUCAAGGAGACUCAGCAUACGGACUGGGUCAGUAAUAUCGUUUUAGUGAGGCGUGGCGGGAUAGAGUCGGAUUCCAUUCGAAUUUGUUUGGAUCCGAUUCCGCUGAACAAGGCUCUUAAGCGACCGAAUUUGCAGUUUACCACGAUCGACGAGAUAUUGCCGGAGCUCGGAAAAGCGAAAGUUUUUUCCACGGUGGAUGCCAAGAAGGGUUUCUGGCAUGUGGUUCUGGAUCAUCCCAGCAGUCUUCUCACUACAUUUUGGACUCCCUUUGGAAGGUACCGCUGGACUCGCUUACCUUUUGGCAUCGCGCCCGCACCUGAAAUUUUUCAGAUGAAACUUCAGGAAGUGAUUCAGGAUCUCGAGGGCGUAGAAUGCAUUGCUGAUGACAUUUUGAUUUUCGGAACUGGAGAUAAUCUACAGGAAGCUUUGGAAAGCCACAACGGCUGUCUGGAGAGGCUUCUCAUACGUUUGGAGGAAAACAAUGUGAAGCUCAACAGAAAUAAACUGAAGCUGUGUAUGACAUCAGUGAAGUUCUACGGGCACGUACUGACUACACGAGGACUACAGCCAGACGAAAGCAAGGUGGAAACUAUCAAAAACUAUCCCCGACCCCAAGACAAGAAGGAACUUCAGCGAUUCGUUGGGAUGGUCAAUUAUCUCAGUCGUUUUAUUCCGAAUUUAAGCUCCAAUUUUGCUGUUUUAAGACGACUGAUCUCGGACAAGGAACCUUGGGUUUGGGAUAACAAGGAAGAAGAGGAGUUCGCUCGUAUCAAAUCUUUGGUAGCAGAUACUCGUUCCUUGCAAUAUUAUGAUGUAACUCAACCACUGAUCAUCGAAUGUGAUGCGAGUUCCUUUGGUUUGGGUACAGCUGUCUUUCAGUCUCACGGUGUGAUCGGAUACGCUUCUCGCACUCUAACAUCGACAGAAAGGAACUACGCACAAAUAGAAAAGGAGCUGCUGGCUAUUCUCUUCUCGUGUAUUCGAUUUGAUCAACUUAUUGUGGGUAAUCCGAAGACGAUUGUGAGGACGGAUCAUAAGCCUUUAGUAAACGUGUUUCAAAAACCACUCUUGUCGGCUCCAAAGCGGUUGCAGCACAUGCUGUUAAGCCUACAGCGCUACAAUUUGGAGAUUCAGUUCGUCAAAGGAAAGGAAAACGUGGUAGCUGAUGCCAUCUCCCGAGCUCCACUGGAUGAAGGCCGCCCUGAAGAUCAGUUCAACAAGCGAAACAUCUAUCAAGUAUUUCGACAGCUGGAAGAUGUCAACCCGAGCAAGUUCCUCAAGAUCACCGAUGAGCGUUUGACAGAGGUCAUACAGGAGACAGCGAAGGAUCCUUCGAUGCAACAGAUCAUUCGUUACAUUCGUGAUGGUUGGCCUGUGUCAGCGGACAAAGUUCCGGACGGCGUAAAGGUAUUCUUCAAGCAUCGGGAUGAACUCAGUCAUCAGGAUGGAAUAGUUUUUCGCAAUGAUCGUGUUGUGGUUCCGUAUCAUCUGCGACGUAAACUGACUGAGAAAGUACAUAUCAGUCAUAACGGAGUUGAAGGGACACUGAAGCUAGCUUGCGCCAACUUGUUCUGGCCAGGCAUGACUACGCAGAUCAAGGAUGCUGUCGCCCGUUGUGAAGUGUGUGCUAAAUAUGCAGCCUCCCAGCCAGUUCCUCCAAUGCAAAGCGUUGCCAUACCUGUACACCCAUUCCAACUCGUGUCUAUGGACGUGUUUUUUGCGGACUACCAGGGAGAGAAGAGGAAGUUUUUAGUCACCGUGGAUCACUAUUCAGACUUUUUCGAGGUUGACCUUCUGAAGAGUCUGACUCCAAACAGUGCCAUCACCGUCUGCAAGAAAAAAUUUUCUCGUCAUGGGAAGCCACAGCUGGUAAUCACAGACAAUGGAACCAAUUUCGUCAACAAAGAAUGGAGACUGUUUGCUACUGAAUGGGAGUUUCAGCAUUCCACGUCAGCCCCCUAUCAUCAGCAAGCCAACGGAAAAUCUGAGGCGGCGGUCAAAAUUGCGAAAAGAUUGCUGAAAAAGUCGGAAGAGUCUGGCGUGGAUUUUUGGUAUGCUCUAUUACACUGGCGUAACAUACCAAACAAAAUCGGGUCUAGCCCUGCAGCCCGCCUAUUCUCGCGUAGUACACGCUGUGGUCUGCCAACGUCUUUGGAGAACUUGAUGCCGAAACCUGUUCAGAAUGUACCCAACAGUAUCGAAGAUGCCCGGCGAAAGACCAAAUUUCAUUACGACAAAGCAGCAAGGAAGCUACCGGCGCUGGAAGCAGGUUCGCCGGUCUACGUACAGUUACAUCCUGAAACGACAAAGCACUGGAUUCCUGGCACGGUUACCAAUAGGAUGAAUGACCGUUCUUAUCUGGUGAACGUAGAUGGAGCAGUUUAUCGUCGCGAUCUGGUCAAUCUGAAGCCACGAAAAGAACCUUACAUGCCUGUACAACCUUCGUCUUCAGCAAAACAAUCAAAUAUUCCGGAGGACGUAUCAACAGGAGCCGUUGUUGAAGUUCAGCCAUCUGUUCCGGACGACGUCGUUGUGAAUCAGCCUUCAACUGAAAUGACCGAAUUGCCGAUCGGAUUGGAUACCAUGGAGAUUCCAAUGCAACAACCAACAAGAACACCAAGCAAGCCGGACUAUCCGUCUCCAAGAGUACCGAAGAAGAAUGACCGACCAAAAAGAGAAAUACGUUUGCCUUCCAAGUUGAAAGACUAUGACCUUAACUAA